AUGUAUCUCUCGUACAAGUAGUUGACGGAUGCGAGUGGUGUAGAAAAGUACCACAAUCAGUAUGGCUAGGUACACGGUGUUGGUGACGGGCGGAAACGGAUUCCUUGGACAACACAUCGUUCGACUCCUACAGGAAAAAGCGGACUUCGUCACUCACAUAAAAGUCCUUGAUAUUCGGAAAUUUUCCAAUCAGCUGAAUUAUAAAGAACGGAAGCCAGUAGCAGCAUUUGUCGGUGACGUCACUGAUGAGUCGGUCUUAGAGAACGCCACAUCAGGGGUGGACUGUGUGGUUCACGUGGCCAGUGUGGUGGAUGUUCGGAUGUUCGCGGACGAUGCCAACUUACACAAAGUCAACGUCACAGGUACAGAACAACUUCUUCAUGUCUGCAUCAGGCAAAAUGUUCGAAGUUUUGUGUACUGCAGUUCACAGAACGUUGUCAUGGGUUACAAGGAUCUCAUCGACUCCAACGAGACGCUUGAAGUACCAAGCGAUUUCCUGUUUAAAGGAUACGGCGUAACUAAACACUUGGCGGAACAAGUCGUGGAGCAUCAUGACGGUGCCAGCCUUCCAGAUGGUGGUACGAUGCGAGCCCUGACACUGCGACCAGUGACGAUGUACGGGGAACUCGACUUCCAUUGGGUGCCUCACACUCUGAAAUGGGCUAAAAGAACUGGGGGUAUGUUAUGUCAAUUUGCCAAUGGAACCAUGCAGGCGGCGUACGUUGGAAACGUGGCGUGGGGGUUUGUGUGCGCGGUCAAGGCCAUGCGGGAGAACCCGGAUCUCGGAGCGGAAGUGUUCUUCGUGUGUGACGACACACCUCUGGCAAACAUGUGUCAGCUCGUCGAACCAUUCUUGAAAAGUCGCGGAUUCAAAUUGACACCGUUUGUAUUGCCCUAUUGGUUAAUGUAUUGCGCUGUGAUAUUACUGACUUGUAUGGCUUGGUUGAUUUACCCCAUUUACCAAACCAACUCAACCUUGACAACAUCUUCUGUGAGAUUUAUGAACAUGAGAAUAAACUCUGUGUAUUCGAAGGCUAAGAAAAUACUGCACUACACGCCGUUAUAUUCUCACGAGGAAAGCCUAAGGCGGUCCAUAGAGCAUUACAAGACAAUCUAAUAGUAUGUUGUCAGGAAAUGCUGAACUGCAGGAAUCAAAGACGUGUGGAGGACACAGUGACGUAAUAUAACAUUACAGACACGUGAUUUCAUCCUGCUUUACUAAUCCCAAGCCUUCCCUCCAUUGAACUACAGAGGUGUUAGUUAACACUGAAUUGUGUCGAUUAACUGGUUGAUUACAUUUUCCGUCACUAUGAUUGGUUAAAAUCCUGAACAAUGGAACUAUAAGGUUCGGAGAUUGAUGUCCUUUGAUCUCAUGAUCCUUCAAUUGCAGACCUUCGACCGAGAUAUAGUAUAGUGAUGAAUUCUUAACUUUAACAAAUGAUUAUCUUCUCGAUCACUCGGAAUGUCAACAUAUUUGAAACAUAAUGGAAGGAAUUAUGGUUAUAAAAAAAACACCAAAAAAACUAAGUCAAUUUUUCAUUCUGAACAUAUCAAACAAAUUCCAACGCGGAUUUAACCAACGAUAUUGACCACUCAACGAUAUUGACCACUCAACGAUAUUGAUCACUCAACGAUAUUGAUCACGCAACGAUGUAAAACUGAACUUUGGUAGGAAGAGGCUUAUUACUUAUUACUUUCUAUCGAUAUAUAGGAAUUGAGCUGAGGAUUUCAGCAUCCUACCAGUAAGCAAAUAGUUUACAUGCAUAUAGCUAUACUUUCAUACUACGUAUAGGUGUAGACGAUUAACGUUGUGUUCAUACUCACAUUAAGGUUAUACAAUUCUCCAUUCAAUACGUAUAUUUACAUUCAAAGUGUAUACUAAGUGGUCCUAAUAAACCUAUUCCCGUACUUUCGGUACGAACGUUUCUGUAUUGUCAGUGCAAACGAUGUUCCAGAAACAGCCUAACGUGAUGUAUAUGGUUGUCUCUUCGAUUGCGCCGUGCUAUGCAAUACAAGAGGGAAAACUUUAAAUUGACAGUGAUUCAAACGUAUUCAUGACCCUAUGGAUGGAAAUUCCUUCUGAUAUUGUAGAUACAGUAUUUAAAACAAUAGAAACCAAUGUGAUCGGACAAAUCAGACACAGACUAUGCAAGCUAUUAUUUAUUUUAAUAUUUGUGUUUGCUAAUUUAUGUGCGUGUGUACUGCAUAGCAAUAUGUUCUUUUUAUGAAACAUUUAUUUAUUUAUCUAUCUCCCUUACAAUCUUUGUUAUAUUAAUUAAAUCCACUA